AUGGAAAUCCAACAAAAUCAAUAUCAUAAUAAGCCUCCAAGUCGUAAUAAAUCGUUAGGAGGAUUAGAUUAUGGGACAGGGAGUGAUGAUUGUGAGCUUUCUAAUGGGCUAUUAAAAAGCUUGGAUACUCAGUAUGGACCUCAAAUUCAGAUAGCAUCAGCUGAUGAUGGACAGGGCCGAACAUUGAGGCCUUUAUUGGAUCAAGAAGGUCAGGAUUUAUCAGAGAAUGAUACUGAAAGAAAUCAGGCACUUGAAGAGACCGUGGCAGUUGGUAAGGCUUUGGGAGUUCAUGAUAGGAUUAGGGAUGAUAUUGUCUGCGAUCACAUCCGGGAGCAAAUUAGCAGGGACGAAAAGGA